AUGAAGAGGUACAAGAUACACCCUCCUCUAUUCCAUUCGAGCCCAUUCGGGAUCACAAAGGUACCCCCUCCUCCCUAUUUCCCUGGUACUACCCCAAUCCUGACCACUCACCAUGGUAAAACAGUAAAAUGGUACCGGUCAACAACCUACAACGCCCUCGUCCUCGGGCUCUGCAACUUCCUGGCCCCAGGAAUCUGGACCGCAAUGAACAGUCUCGGCGGCGGGGGGUCCGAAAGUCCCUACCUCGUCGACGCGGCUAACGCACUCACCUUCGGCCUGAUGGUAUUCUCCUGUUUCUUCGGAAGCGUUGUCGUGCGCAUCGUCGGAAUAAAAUGGACACUCAUCCUGGGGACAGUCGGAUACGCGCCAUACGCCGCAGGACUAUACACCCAUAACCGAUUCGGGACGGACUGGCUGGUUCUCUUCGGCGCAGCGCUGUGCGGUCUCUCAGCGGGGAUAUUCUGGAUGGCGGAGAGUGCCAUUGCCUUAUCGUACCCUGAGCCGGAGAAUCAGGGACGGUUCCUGGGUCUGUGGUUGAGUUUUCGUGUCGGAGGGCAGAUCCUCGGCGGGGCGAUUAACCUGGGUUUGAAUGUCCAUCGGAAUACAGCGGGGAGUGUGAGUUAUGCUGUCUUCGGGGUGUUUAUUGCCUUGCAGGCACUCGGGCCUGCGGCGGGCUUGUUGCUCACUGAGCCGGGGAAGGUGAUGAGACGGGAUGGGAUGAAGGUGAAGUUACGGAUUGCGCAUAGCGCAUGUGCCGCUGAUCGCGCAGGCGACGUACACGGAGGCGGUGAUGUUCACGUACUUGGAUCUGUGGUUCAGUGUGCGGGUGCGGGCGCUGGGCAGUUUCUUCUCGGGUGUGUUGGCGCUGGUGUCUGGCAAUCUGUUGGGGGCGGAGGGUGGUGGAUUUGGGCGACGGUUGUGACGACGCAGUAUACGAAUGAGGGGAGGAGCGGGAUUGACUGGGUGGAUGAGGGGUUUGCGAAGGGCUUUGUGCUCUAUUUGAUGUGGGUUGCUGGGUACUUUGUGGUUGGCAAUUUGGCGGCUGAUGAGGAAGAGGUCGUGCGGAUUAGUGGGUUGUUGCGGGGGAUGGAGUCGGCUGUGCAGGCUGUUUCGUAUGGUUUGAGCAGUGUUGGUAUCAUGGCUUCUGUGGGAGGCACCUAUCUCAAUUUUGGCCUUUGGGGCAUCUCGCUGCUGCCGGCGUGGCUUGUGAUUCGCCAGUUUGGCGUAAGCUUGGAGGAUCGCAAGUUGGUGAGAGAUUACGGACGUGAUUAG